AUGGCUGGUCUUACUACCUUCUCGUUGAUUUGGAUCAUAUCCUCUCUCACAGCAACCGCCUGUGCAUAUCGCUUCCCCUCACACCAUCUCCACCGACGCGACACAACCUGGACUGCCCUUGGAUGCUGGACCGAUAAUGUCGGUGGUACAAGAACGCUUUCCGCAGCCUCCUACAUAGACACUGCGAAUAUGACCAUCGAGUCAUGCGUCAACUUUUGUUCGACUGGCUCCAACGCCUACGUCUAUGCAGGCGUCGAAUAUGCUCAGGAGUGUUACUGCGGCAACUACUUUUCCAGUGGUGCCACCAAUGCCAGUUCAUCGGACUGUGACAUGGCUUGUACUGGUAACGCUGCCGAAUUUUGCGGUGCUGGCAACAGACUGGAUAUAUUCUGGAGCGGGGCCCAACUUCCCGCCCCACCCAUCCUGGUCCCUAGCGUUGGCAACUGGUCGUUGCUCGGAUGCUACAACGACUCAGCAACACGAGCAUUACCAUACGGGACUGCCGUAACUGGAAGCGUUACUGUUGAAUCUUGUACCGCCGCGUGUUACAACGCUGGAUACCCUUAUGCCGGCAUGGAAUAUGCUGAUGAAUGCUACUGUGGCUUAACCAUUGAGAAUAAUUCUGGUCCCACCACCAACACGGACUGCGAUAUGACAUGCGCGGGAAAUUCGUCCGAGUAUUGCGGGGGGCCGUACAGGCUCAGUAUGUAUAACUACACCCAGGCUAUUACUAUUGCCCCUGUCGUCAAUCCCACCGACCCCACCGGCCCCAGCACUAUUUCCCCUGUAACCUCUGGCUUAACUGGCAACUGGACGUAUGGAGGAUGCUACGUCGACAACGUAAAUGGGCGUGUAUUGGGGAACGAAUAUGACAACAGCACCAUGACAGUGGAGAGUUGUAUCGCAAACUGUGCCGGGCAAAAUUUCACCAUUGCAGCCAUCGAGUACAGCACGCAAUGUUUCUGCGGUGAUUAUCUGAUCAACGGCGCUACGAUCAGUGCAGAUAGUAACUGCAACAUGGCCUGUGGUGGCAAUGCGACUGAGGCAUGCGGUGGUCCAAACCUACUUUCUGUUUACUCCUCCAAUGGAAAUAUAACAUUACUUCCUGUUCCUGUGAUGCAAACCACAAACUUGCCUGGACAAUGGGUAUAUGAAGGCUGUUUAGCAGAACCAUCCACUGGCCCCCGGAUAUUCCAAUAUGAAAAUGAAUGGACCACGAACAAUACCGUCGAUGCGUGCUUAAACCAGUGUGCUGCCUUCGGGUAUCCUGUAGCUGGCCUUGAAUACGGAGCCCAGUGUUUCUGCGGCGACGUCGGUGAUAUUGCAGCAAAUGGUGGGACGUAUGUCUCGGAUUCACAGUGCAACAUGGCUUGCUCGGGGGACCCAAUCCACCUAUGUGGAGCAGGAAACAGGUUGUCUACCUAUUAUUGGAAUGGGACGAUGAAUACGUGGAAUACCCCUGCGAAUACGGGCUACUAUGAGUUCCUCAUAGGAGGUCUCGUCGUCCCUCUCAUUGCCACCGUGGGCAUCAACAACAAAGUCACUUUCCUCGAGAAGCAUGGCACCUCGGAAUAUGCUAAUUCCACUGGCGCGUAUGAGUUGGAUCUCAGUUUGGUGGACAAUUACCAGCUGGCUUGGCGCGAGAUGCACGUGCAGACGGACGUGUUUUGUUCUGGUAGUAUCAUCCUACCAGACAAGGGAGGAAGGCAGAUUAAUGUAGGCGGAUGGUCGCUUUCGUCGACUUUUGGUGUGAGAUUGUAUACGCCGGAUGGGAGUGCUGGUGUCAAUGGUACCAAUGAUUGGGAAGAAAAUGUUAAUGAGCUCACACUUCAGCGUGGCCGAUGGUAUCCUACCGCGAUGAUGAUGCCAAAUGGAAGUAUUUUGGUCGUUGGCGGAGAGUCGGGAAGUAAUGCUUCCCCGCAGCCCAGCCUCGAAAUCCUUCCAGCGCCUCUUGGUGGCGAUACGGUCGUUACAUUGGACUAUCUUCAGCGGACAGAUCCAUACAAUCUCUAUCCAUUCCUGAUGGUGCUGCCCAGUGGUCGAUUCUUCAUUGGUUACUACAAUGAGGCUCGCAUUCUUGAUCCUGUCACCUUUGACACAGUGACCGUGCUGCCAAAUAUGCCAGGAGCCGUGAACAAUUUCCUCGCAGGCCGGACGUACCCGAUGGAAGGGUCUGCGGUACUUUUGCCGCAGUACGCUCCAUACACCGAUCCGAUCGAGGUUCUUAUCUGCGGUGGCUCGACGAUCGGAGCCGCUAUUGCACUGGACAACUGUAUCUCAAUUGCCCCCGAAGUACCAAAUGCGACAUGGACGCUGGAACGUAUGCCUUCCAAACGGGUCAUGCCUUGUAUCACAACUCUGCCAGAUGGCACGUACCUGAUCAUGAACGGCGCUCAUCAAGGUGUUGCUGGCUUUGGCCUUGCUACAGAUCCUAAUUUUAGCGCAAUUUUAUACGAUCCUUCGCAGCCGAUUGGCCAGCGUAUCUCUAUCCUCAACAAUACCAUUGUAGCCCGCUUGUAUCACUCCGAAGCAACCCUUUUGCCUGACGGGCGUGUUUUGGUGUCUGGUUCAGACCCACAGACGUACUAUCCCAACGGAUCCUAUGUGUACCCAGAGGAGAUGCGCAUUGAGGUUUAUAUUCCACCAUACCUCAAUCAAGGUCUCACGCAACCGGAGUUUACUAUUACUGAGACUGACUGGGAGUUGGGCGGACAGUAUAGUAUUACGGUGACUUUGUUCCAGGGAACAACGGGUACCAUACGCGUCUCACUUGUGGCAGCAUCGUCUAGCACGCACGGAAACGUCAUGAGCGGUGGGAGGAUUAUCUUCCCUGCGUUUUCGUGCUCUGGGAACACUUGUACCAUCACGGCGCCCCCGAAUGCGUAUGUAAGUCCACCUGGAUGGCACCAGCUUUUCGUUCUGGACGGUCCGACGCCUUCGCACUCUGCUUGGGUCCGCAUAGGAGGUGACCCUGCAAAACUGGGCAACUGGCCUGAUUACCCUGACUUUACUACACCAGGUGUUUAA